GUCUUCCCACUUUUGCAUUCUUUCCUCCCUCAAUUCCCCGCUAAUCAUAACCCCUCCAAAGCUUUUUAUCCUGUAUUGCGCCCUUUCUUUUUUAAUUCUCGCUUUGUACCUGCGCUUCCCUCUCCAGGUAUCUUGCUUCUUCUUCCUCUUCCAACUCCGCUCUUUUCCCCGAAUCUCAUCUCAAUUUCUCAUCUUUUGCUUGGGUUCUGUUGGUUUUUCUCGCAAUCGAUAUCGGGGAUGGGUUUUGAGUUACGCAGCUCUCUAUGCCUUGUCGAUGCUCCUUCUGUGGGUUUCGAAUCAGAGCUUGGGGUUCUCGUUUUUUUUUUUUUUUUUUUUUUUUGUAUUUCGUUUCUGCUUAGGGUUUCGGUGGUGGUUGUUGGAUUUUCUGUAAAUCGUGCCUGCCCUUAUUAUUAGUGUCUUGACCGAGUUCAGGAGCUAUGCGAUCUGUUGAGCUAAAAGUUUUCACCUUGGUCUGGAAGGGGGAUCACUUCAUUGGAGCUGGAGACUUUGCAUUAUUGUGAUCAUUUAGUUUGCGAUUUGGGUUUUUGGCUGGUUGCGAGAGCUUUUGUGUAUCUGUUGCUUUUGAUCCAAGGAUGAGCAUCUGUCUGUCUAUGGAUAUUGCUGGAUAUUGGGUGGUUGAUUUGCUCAUCAUUUUGUUUUUCCUUUGAUUUCCAGAAGCCAUGAUUCGCUUGUUCAAAGUUAAGGAACAGCAGAGGGAACAAGCUGAGAAUGCCAAUGGAGGCAUACCUGUUAAAAAGCAAAGUGCUGGAGAACUUCGCCUUCACAAGGACAUUUCUGAGUUGAACCUGCCAAAAUCAUGUGCCAUAACAUUCCCUAAUGGCAAGGAUGACCUGAUGAGCUUUGAGGUCACAAUUAAACCUGAUGAAGGAUAUUAUGCAGGUGGAACGUUUUUGUUCUCUUUUCAAGUUUCUCCUAUCUAUCCACAUGAGGCACCAAAAGUGAAAUGCAAGACUAAGGUAUACCAUCCGAACAUCGACUUGGAGGGGAAUGUUUGUCUCAACAUCUUGCGAGAAGACUGGAAACCCGUUCUUAACAUUAACACUAUUAUCUAUGGGCUGUACCAUUUAUUCACGGAGCCAAACUACGAGGAUCCCCUUAACCAUGAAGCUGCUGCAGUGUUGAGGGAUAACCCGAAGAUGUUCGAGACAAAUGUGAGGAGGGCUAUGACUGGCGGUUAUGUUGGCCAAACUUAUUUCACGCGCUGUAUGUGAGAGGCUGUGUCAGUCCCCUGUUUAAUAUCUCUGUUUUGCACAGCUGCAGCUCCUCAACAUGCAUUUGCCAGUGUCCCUAAAUGUGACAAUCUUGAAUACCCCAUGAUGGUUGUAAAAUUCUCUUCAAAUUAACAUUUUGUCUCUCUCCGUAGCAUUCAUUGCUAUUUCGACUGCCACCUUCAGGUUUCCGUUUAACACCCUGCUUCUGUGAUCUGUCCCUCCCGUUUUUAUGACUCUGCUUCCACCUCAACUACCUCCGUUUGCAUAACAUUGAUUUCCCACUACUACGUCCGUCUGCUCCUCUGUUACCCUGCUGCCGCCAUUGAAGCUGCCUCUCCCAUCUCUGCUCUCACUUUCCCCUUCCUCUUUCCUCCAAACCCUCAAUUUUCUUCCGGGUCUUCUGCCGUUCCAUGCCCUACGCCUUAUGCAGCAGCUUAGCUAACUUCAAUUCGGGAGCCUUUUUCUUCAACCAUCUGUGGGGAAAGGAAAAAGAAACAGUGACAAGUGAAACAAAGAAUGGGUACCACG